GGGAACUUGAUGAACCUACGAGUAAGGCGGCGAACAAGAGUGCUCAUCGUACGUGGGAGAGAUGAACCAGCUCCAGUUCUUGAAAAUCGAACAGAACCCCAUCGAAUAUCCGCCACCAGAGGUCGUGGACUUUUCGGGACAGGACAUGGAGGGAUGGCUCUAUCGGCUCAAGUCUUUCCUUGUUACUCACAAGAAAGAACACGAGGUUCAGCCUAUCCACAUACAGGGCGAAGCGGCGGCGGCUGCAGUAACAAAAGAGGGCGCGUCCAUAUUGCAACAACGAGGCGCCCGGUCAGCCUCUCUGGACAGUCUAUCUAUCUCCCCUAUCCACCACCAGAGCAAGAGCGAGAAUGGAUUGCGGCUCAACUUACUCACUACAUCCGAACGACCAGGACAGCAGCCCUUAAACAUCUCACCAGAUCCCAUCUCACACAAACUUGCACGGACGAGUAGUCAACAUGGAGGUCCUGGAGAAGACCAUUAUCGCUUCAUUAGUCACUCCAGAGGUGUUUCUGGAGACUCGACAAGUUCAUUUUGCAGCACCAACUCGAACGAUUGCGAAAAGUACAGCGAGAUCUAUUUCCAGAGACUUGCUACUUAUCCUCCACUUCUGCACCCAUUGCCCAGUGAGCGGAUGCGCUUAGUAGAGGCGGCUCGUGGAAUCCUAUUUGCGCUCUCGCAGAUUUACAGGGCUGUCAAACAGGUUAUCGGCUGCUCCACCGACGAAAAAUUCAGCCUCAUGUUCACUCGCCUCUUGCAGAGCGCCAAUGGCGCCAUGGCCCAGCUCAUUCAGUCACUCGACCGCUUCGACAGCUCUGCACAGGUUCAGGUGCCAGACCAAAGCAUUUGCUCCGAGAUUAUGCGGUGUUGUGAGUCAAAUGUAGCGGCGUUUCGAAAGCUCGUUCAUAUGGUCCAGGCGCAGAUCAGGAACAUUAGCGUAUUGGCAGAUGCGAGGCUGGUCAGGAAUUUGGUUCUGAUGCUUCAUGGGGCACUGGCAGAGAUUCGAGUGGCAUGGGACUCGCUGCUGCCUCUCCUUCAGGGUUAUGGGGAGGGCACCUUGGAGGUGUUUGAGCCCAGCCUUCAUUCACAGAAGGACCAGCUGCAGCAACAGCAACAUCAUCAGACGGGCAUGACCGCUACCAGCACGGGUCAGGGGCAACAUUAUCUAUCCACAAGUAUACCGACGAGCCUUCAGACGCAUCCUUUCCAACUAUCGCCGACAAUUCCAACAUCUUCCACCUGGCUCCCAGUCCAGAUUCCGCAACGCAGUCAGAAUAUGUCUCGUGCUAGCAAUCAUAGCGCCCAGUCGACCAACAAUCAAUAUCAUGAUGAUGAAGAGGAUGCUCAGCUUCUGGUGACGGUAGAACAUGCCAUAGAGGCUGCACGGCGAGUGAUCCAAUGCCUGACGGAAACCUGCAUGACACGCGUCGAGAACCUGUUGGCUAGUCCUCAGCACAGACCCACCCAUCGGGCACGAUCUGUCUCUGCAUCUCCUCCGAGGAGUGUUGGGAGUAACGGAAGUAACGGAAGUAACGGAAGCACUGGAAAUGGCAACGGCAAUCCCAACGGAAAGAACGCAUCACAGGACCAGCAGGGUCGUGGUGUGUCCAUGAGCCCUCUACAACUCGCCACAGACACGUCCGCAUCCGGCGCUUCGGCAGCGGCAUCUUCAUUGUUGAUAAGCAAUAGCGGCAUACACGGCAGCAGUAGCAAGUCUGAGGGUGGUCUGGUUAGGUCGCCGUUGUUCUCGCCUGACUCAGAUACGGUCCCUUAUUCUAACGGAAUGUGCGUCGCUUUGCCCAUUGACCAGCCAUCUAACAGUUCGACAGAAUCAGCACCACUUACUGCGUCUGCAACAUCAGGCAACCCAUCAGGGCAAGGGGAGGAUAAUAACGCUCGAUAUGAACGGCGAUUGGGAUCCCACUCCAAAGGAUCAUCAAAGACGUCGUUCGAUCCAGCUUUGCCCUCUAUCCCGCAGGAUGAGGAUCACGAGAUCAGUGCCCAGGACCCGAUCACAGCAAAACCUCCAACACCACAGUACCAGCCAAUCAUGACUGCCAGAUCGGCAAGUGUUUCUGGAUUGCCCUCUAGCACUCACCAUGGGCUGUCCUCAAGCAGCACGCCUUUUGCCGCAGCUUCUUCACUUCCAUCGCAAGGGUUUAUGGGUGUUACUUCCAUUCAUCCACACUUACCAGUAGGACAUCCGCAGGCUACAUUGACUGGGCUUUAUCCUUCGUCCAUGUCUUUCCCAUUCGCCUCAGGAGCUAUCGCGCCCUUACCGGCUUCACAACUUUGGCGAGAGAUGAAGGACUGCCUAUUGCAGAUGACGGAAAUUGUCAAGCGACUGGACUUGGACUUGACUAUGCUUCGGACUGACGACUACUCGUUUCAUCCUCACCAUCAGCAUCUCUCACAACAGUAUCAGCACGGACAGUUAUCACAGUACUCUCAAAUCCAUCACCAGAACCAUGUCCCUCAUCCUCAUCAACAGCAACCGCAGCAAUCCCAACAGCUGAGCCAACAGCAGCAGUUCCAUCAUGGGUCCGCUCCGCAUCAACAAUACAGUGGCAUUCAACCGGGAUAUGGCGCUGAUGAUCCCAACAUCCUCAAAAGGCGUUUCGGAAUGGGUAUCAGUGAUUUCGUGAAGUCAGUGGUGGUGAUAUCGACACUGGUUCGACAGCUGUCGACGAGUUCCGCCAGCACAUCCCGGUCGGGUUCAGGGUCAGCCGCGGCUGGAGAUACGUCGUCUAAAAUCACAGCAAACGCCACAGCAGGUGUUGCGAGUUCAUCAUCGUCUACGGCCUUGUCCACUUCACCGUCCGCACCAAGAGCUAGAUCCGAAUCUGGAGCUGAUGGUUCCAAUCUCAGUACUCCAACUGCUGCAGCAGUAUCCUCAGCUAUUACUACAGAUGUAUCGCUGAAUCCAACGGCUGCAACGCCGUCUUACGUAUCUAUUUCGGCCUCGUCUUCUGCAUCGGGAGCGGGUAUUAUAUCCUCGCCUGAGAAAUCAGCCCAGUUACAGAGUCAUAGUGGGUCGUCGCAUCAGUUAAAUCAUCGUCAACCGCAGAGUCAAUCCUCGAAACACUCACAACCACAUCAGCAGCAGCAGCCGCAUCAACAAUCAGAGAUCUUUUCACGACUUGUCAUGACUAAUGUUUCGAACCUAACGAAAAUCACCAAGGAACUGACGGUGCGCAUGCCGAGGUCUUCAUUCCGGGAUUAUCUUUUGUCGUCCUCUGCUGGCGGAGGGCUCGGAGGAGGACCUGGCGGAGCACCUGGAGGGGGUACUGCGGUGCCUAAUGGCGGCAAUGGCUCGUAUGGCGUUACAUAUGGACCCGCAGGCUCGUCGAUCUUAGCCAUGCGGAAGGGCAGCUUGAUCUGAGAAUUUUGAGCCGCGCAUCUUUUUGCAUGAUAGUCACCUUCAUUUAUGAUAUACCUUGAACGAAUAAAUGAUCGCCUUGCAAUUACACGCGCCGUGGGA